AUUCUCUCCUCAGAUGUAGCACCAAAAAGACAAGAGGACAGUUUGCCUUUUUGGCUCCCUUCCUGGGAAGAUGCAAAGUGCUUUAAUAGGCUCCUGGCACAACAGUGGCUUCUACGGGCACUUCCGCGGCCAAGUCAAGAGUGAGAGUGCUGGAGAGUACCGCUUUGCAGCCAAGCCUCCUCCUCCAGCAGUGUUCCUGCAGAGAUGUGAGGAGCCAGCAAAGCAGCACUACUUCUCCAAGCACGACAACCGCACUUCCUACGACAAAGGCCCCUACUGCCUGCUGCAGGGGAUCGGAAGACGCAAGGACCUGGAGCGUCUGUGGAAGAGGCACACCUUCCUGCGCUGGGCGCCCUGCGAGCUGGAACUGAGCCAGCAGCCACCUCUGGAAUCUUCCUACCAGACUGAUUUCCGGUCAGGCACAGGACUCAGUAGGCUCCCCCAGCGCCUUGUCCACUUCGUGCAGGUACAGCCCCCCUAUGCGAGCACCACCUACCAGCAUAACUUCUGCCGGCCGGCCUGGGGUAGCCGCUGCGAUAGCGCCAAGGUAAAGCCCCAAGAGCCAGUUGCUGAAACCCUGCCUGACCUCCCGGGGAUCCCGAGGCCCAAAUUGCUGCAGCACUACCUUCAUGCUGGAGUAUCUGAGUGUUUAAACUGGUCCCAAGCAUUAAAAAGCUGA